GCAGUCGGGCCCGUUAGGACUUUAUGGGAGUCAGCGCUCCCAUUAGGAAAGUUCAGUGGCUGUCAGUGGCCUAACUUGCCUCUCGCGAGCAAUUGAGAUUUGAGAUACUUCUUGAUAAACAAACAGAACGGAAUGAAAAAAAUGACAUGAUCAAUUGAUCAUAGAAGAAUGGCUCGGACGCCAAACAAUAUACACUGAUCCUAUUUAUUUUUAAGCAUUAAAAAAUCUAAAUUCAAGUUUCAAUGUGUGUUAUUGUUGUGGGAAUAUACUCGUGUUUUAAAAAAUGUUCGAAAACUUCAAUCAGCUGUUCGCUUGUUGCCAGGGAGUUUCGGGAAUUCCGUUUCUGUGUAGUUGAAAUGGAAAAAUAUAUAUAUACACCAGACAUUAAUAUAUUAAGAUAUGUGUUUUGCUCAUAAGUGUUCAAAACCAAUGAGGCUUGACCACGUAAUAUUUUUCAGAACAGAAAAGAUUCGAGCCAUCAAUAGUAAAGUGCACUAUCGAAUAUUUGGUUAAAUCCAUGGUUCAAACUUUCCAAAAAAAUCUAUAUACCGUGUUACCAUAAGAUUAUAAAACUUGGAGCCUGUCCAUUCCAGUUGCAGCCUGCUGUCACAAUUUCGUCAUCCUUCACGAAUCGCCCUCAAAUUCAGAAAUCCGCUUGCUCCAAAAUUGAUCUACCAACGAUUUGCAUCCAUCAUGAGCAAAACACCUGUUUCGACUCUACAAGAGUUUUCAGUCAAAAAAAUGUGGGGAGUGCCAGAGUACCUCCUUAUCUCUAAUGCAGCAGUACACGGACCAACCAAUUUCACUUUCAAGGUGAGUUUGUCAGGGUAUCCAUCAGGCAUUUCAGCUUGUGGCACUGCGUCGAAUAAGAAAGAUGCCAAACAUGAAGCUGCCAAAGCUUUGUUGAAGUUGCUUGAUUUGGGUAAAAAUCAUAUUGCAAAUGUUGCCCAACAACCCAAACAAUCUAAGGACCUUGAGCAAGAAAUUGGCAGUUAUUAUUUGUCCAGCUUCAAAGAAACAUCCCAUACAGGAAUUUUUAUAAAUUCUGUGGGCAAAUUGAGUGAAUAUUGCAUAGAAUGGAAAUUGAAGCUGCCGGAAUACCGGGAUGGAGGAGUAUCUGGGCCACCGCACAAGCGUGUGUAUACCAUUGUGUGUUGCAUCGGUGAUAUCGAAAUCAAGGCGUCAGCAAAUACAAAAAAGAAAGCAAAGCAUGACGCAGCUCAGGAAAUGCUUGACAAGUUGGUGAGAAAUGUGAACAAAGAGAAGAGUCAACUAAUGAACGAGCAAUACCAAGCUAUUGAGAAGAACAUCCGAGGCAUGAGUUUCCUAGAUUUUAAAAUUGAUGAGCCAUCCAUUUCUGUCAAAGACUCAGCCGUGAAAGCAAACAGAUUAUAUACCAAGCUUAAAACGUACAGGAACAUUAAAAAAGACAUUAAAAGAAUUGAUCUGAACGAAAGUCAUUUAAUAUUUAGGGAUAGUUAUGAGUCAUGCGUUCGCGAAACAGUCCUUGAGAGACUCAGCUUAUCGAAUCCUUAUCCAAAAAUGUCGAAACAAGAGACUCUAAAGACUGUUACGAGUCUUCUUGGAUUGGAGGUAGAAUAUAACGUUAUAUCGAACACCCCGGACCCCGUCAUCGUUGUUGGCAAACUCAGCAGCACCCCAAUUAUCGUAGAAAUGGGGCUAGCUGAUUCUUAUUUAGAAGCGCGGGAUCAACUGAUCGAAAACCUCCUCAACUCCAUUAAUAUACUUUUAACGUGAACGUUUAAUGAUCCAUAUUGCAAACUAGAUGCAAAUUCAAUGAUUUAAAUCCAGGACAAUUUAUUCGGAAAGAAUUAGUGCCUAAUAAGAUUUAUAAUCAGCCUAAAGAACUUCAUAUAAUUAUUGACUAUUAUCGUUUUAUCGCAUUAUCGCAUUUUGUGGCAACGAUGACAUUUAAAUGUUCCUCGGUUUUUUUGUAGAAUUUCAACUCUAUAGUAGAAUUUUCCCACUCCAAUAUCUCAGGUGGUGGGGCAACACCGAAUCUACCUGAGAUAUUGGAGUGAGAAAAUUCUGCCAUAGAGUUGAAAUAUCAAUAAAAAAAUUGUCUAACUUUCUAAACUGUAUGUUUUUUCUUUAACGCAAAAAAAACUCAGGCUUUCACACAGAGUUACCCUUAUAAUUUCUAUUCAAGAAAGUUUGUUUGUUAAUAAAAACUGUGUUUGGUUUUAUAUAAUGUUAUAUCGGAAUUGAAAAAAUGAUUGCGUGGAAUAUUCCAAAUAGAAAUGGCUUAAACAUGAAAAAUUGCUGAUCGAUUAUAUUUUAUAAAAAUUGCAGAAUAUUGUCAAUGAAAUUUGUAAAGUGAAAAAUAUUAUUUCCCAAAUAAUGUAUAGAAAUUAUGUGUACAAAAAAAUGAAAGAAUGAAAAAUCAAAGAAAUGAAAGACGCAAUGAAAAUCAUACCUGUACUUCGAUUAAUGGAUUAUAUCUUGGUAUCUAAUGUAAGUAAACUGGUCGACUAUUAUAAUAAUCGCUGUGAAAACCGAACGAGAUGAAAAUAUUAUGGAUGAAAAGUAUAAAUUAUCUUUCAAACGAAUAAUCGUCACAGAAAAAAGUAGAAAAGGUGCUACUAUUAAUGAUAAAUAUCCCAACAUUCUUUGGAAAAUGGGACGAUGUUUAAUAUUGACGAAUCGGAUUGAUUCAAACCGGAUUAUAAAUUAAGAGAAAUAUAUUUUUCUUCAUGACUGUUA